AUGGAGAUGUUGCAGAUGAUUCCUACCAUAGCUGGAAAGAUUCGCAAAGGCAUAAAUGAGCGAGGAAUCUUGUAUUACAAUAACCUUAUCGAUGAACUUCGAGCUAAUGGUUUAACGCCAGCUGUAACUAUUUUUCACUGGGAACUUCCCCAAGCACUUGAAGAAGAGUACGGUGGCUUCCUGAGUCCUAAUGUUAUACAAGAUUACGUAGACUUUGCAAACUUGUGCUUUCAGAGAUUUGGCGAUCGAGUAAAAUUAUGGAUCACGUUCAACGAGCCAUUUACUUAUAGUCAAUUCGGUUACGACAACGGAAUAAUAGCCCCGGGAAGAUGUUCGCCAUGGGUGGAUCCGACUUGCACCGGAGGGGAUUCCGGUACCGAGCCUUAUAUUGUCACACAUCACCAACUAUUGGCUCAUGCAGAAGCAGUUCAUCUAUACAGGAGAAGAUAUCAGCCCCAUCAAAAAGGUAUAAUCGGGAUGUCAAAUGUGGCUAUAUGGAUGGUGCCUUUGACAAAUUCGUCUCAGGAUGGCCGUGCAUCUAUUCGUGCCCUAGAUUUUAUGUUCGGAUGGUUUGUGAAUCCUAUAGUAUAUGGUGAUUAUCCAGCGGAGAUGAGAGUGCUUGUUGGCGACCGUCUACCUAAAUUUACUCCUAAGCAAUCUAGGCGACUAAAAGGAUCGUAUGAUUUCCAUGGCCUGAAUUAUUACACUGCCUUAUAUGCUUCACAACUUACCAGCCCUCCCAAUACGAGUUAUGUAAGAUACAUAACAGACGGCCAUGUUAAUCUCUCAGCUAGUCGCAAUGGCAAGCUUAUCGGGCAACAGGCUCGGAUUGGCUUCAUAUGUAUCCACGAGGAAUUUAUCAUCUCCUACACUAUGUAA